AUGCCAGUGCCCGGCGGCCUGACAUCGACGCCCAGGGCUGCCACUGGCCCUGCCGUUGCGUUUGCGGCCAACUAUGUCCAGCCGAGUGCACCGAAUCUAUCGAAACUCUAUCCAAAUCUAAUCGAUAUUAGUCUGAAUCAAACGAUACCGAAAUCGACAGCUGCUAUGAUGGACAACCUAUCCGAUCAUUUGGACAUCGAUCUGAGCACUGGUAGUAGUAAUAAGGAAAACAACCAUCAGAUCAUCAGCGAUGCGGAUACGGCAGUCAAACUGCUCGAGUAUCGGCUGGAGGCCAAAGACCGGCAGUUACGUGAACUCAAUGACCGCUACGAACAACAAAUUCGACUAAAAUAUACCGAAUUGGAAACAUUGACCGCACGGCUGACGAUGACUGACCAACAGCUGGAGUCUAUGGACUGUGAACUGCGACUGAAAUACCGGACCGACCAGAAUGUCGAGAAAAUGCAAUCAGAUUUGUUGGAAACGAUUCGUUUGGCCGAAGCUAAGAGCCGAUCGCUGGAUGAACUGGUGGCCAGUAGGGACCGGGAGGUCAAUCAAUUGCGUCAAAAGUGUUCAUCGCAGGAGAAGAUCAUCGACAAUAUGAAGCAUAAGCUUAGGAUCAGUAGGUCAGAGCUGGAUCUAUACGAAAGUCAGGCCAUCGAUAACUUUGGCUCAAGUGUACUGAACGAGCCGUACGGUUCACCCGAUCAGGAGAUCAGUCUACUGUCUCAGUGA